AGUGGGUAAGUGUAGAUUCCUACGAGUAUGGUAGCUACCAGGAGGGGCACGAGGGUAGACCCCUCAGAGGAGAGGGAAGGAGAGGAGCCCCGCGGACAGCCUGCCAUGGAUAUCACAACUCCAGCAUCUCAAGUGAAAACACGAAGCAGGGUGAAGAGAGAAUCUCAGUCGGAAGAUGCUGGUGGUAACGAUGUAGAUGUAGAAUCCACCAUAAACGUUACUGCUAACCCAUCCGAGUCACUGAAGCUUGGUGCACAGGUAGUCACCAGAAGAAGACGCAAAAGUGGGCAGUCAGAUGGCGAUGUUUCUGAAGCAGAUUCUACCACAUCGAGUCAUUCCACAAGAACAAGUCGGAGUAGACAAGCUGGAUCCAGUUUGACUGAUUCUGCAAGGAAACUAAGAAGUCACAGAUCGCUUUUGGUGUCUGAGCCAAUCCCAGAGUCCAAGGAGGAUGGGGAUAUAUCUGAAGCAGAAUCAAAUUGUUCUUCAGCUUCUUCUAGAGUUAAAAAAAGACAGUCUGCAACAAUUUUAAGCUUGAUAACUAGAAGUAGCAGAUCUGUUUUAGCACCUGAGUCUGUCAUCAAUAUUAAGGAAGAUACUGAGGUUUCUGAGGCAGAGUCUAACUGUUCUUCUGUGUCAGGGAUCCGUAGUGUUAGGAGAAGUAGAAAUAAGAGUGGUAUCCGUAUUCCAAAAUGCCCAUCUCCUCCUGUUGUUGAGUCCUUAGCCGAUGAAAUAUCCGAUGCUGAAUCUUGCAGUUCUGGUAUUUCAGCGCGACCUAUUGCCAGACGGUUAAGUAUGAGAAAUAAAUAUAAAUCGCUACAAGUUAACGAGCCUUCCAAUGAAGCCAAAAGUGAAGCUGCUCAAAAACUAGAAACACCAAUAAAGCAUGAGAUGGUAUGUGGUGCAAGAGUCUCAGAACUUAUGUGUUCAGAGAAUCGUUUGUCAGAGACAACACUGUCCUCUCCACGCAGGAGCGUUAGGAUUGGUCAAAAUAAUGUCACAUUGAUGCCUGUAACUGAACCACCAGUUGAAGAACAUACAAUAGAAAUGCCUAACAAGACAUCUGAUGAAGAGGACAGGGAAAAGUCCACCUGCAGAAAUCUAUCUGAAAGUUUUGUUGAAUCGCCAUCAACAAAAAUUAGUUUGAAAUCUGAGGAUGCCAUAGAUCAAAGUGGCAACUCUGAAAAUAUGGUGAUAGAUGUUGAACUUCAUUCUUCAGAGUCAAGUGACACCAGGAAGGAGACUGCUCUUAUUUUGUCCACUGACAAUAGCAGGGAAAUUCCUAAAGAAACAGAGAAUGACCUGGGUGAAGAUAAAUGUAAUGAGGUACCUCAUGCAAAGAUAAGCUUAUUACUUGAUAGCGAUGACAGUGACCAAACAGAAGAAAGUGAUGAAGAGUUUGAGGAGGAGGAGGUGGAAUGCAACAAGGCAUUUGGUGAUAAUGGAAAAGAGUCAAUGGAGUCCCAUCAGCUUUCAGAAGAAUUAUUGGGAGAUGGCCUCUUUGUUAUUGACACAAAACCCGGGAUAGACUCUAGUGAAAGGUAUUACUUGGAUUCUAAAGAAGAUGAUGCAGAAGUAGAAGAUAAAAAGGAAGAAGAUGGUGAGCCAUGUAAAUCUAGUGACGAUGAUUUUAUUGAUGAAGACGCAGAUGAUGACGAUGAUGCACUAUUGAACAAACCCAAAACGGGAUUUUCAUUAUCAACCAGUAUAGACACAGGGCUGAAAAUGAAGGACUUAGGGGGCUUAUAUAUAAAUUUUGAUGCCUCAAAGCCAAACCCUGGACCGAGUGUGCUUCAAAAAAUGAAGCAGGGACAUAAAAAGAAUGACGAGCUCUUGAAGAACAGCGUCAUAACUCCCGACUUUGAGAAAAAGGAUUGUGUCCCAUCCAAUCGAAUGCAUUCGAGAAAGUUGAAAGAACUACGUAGGCAAGAUCGAGAAAAGACCACUGGACAGGGCUGGUUUGACAUGAAAGCUCCAGAACUAACUGAUGAACUGAAGAAUGACCUCAAGGCCUUAAAAAUGAGGUCUGCGAUGGACCCAAAACGCUUCUACAAGAAGAAUGACCGAGAUGGCUUUCCUAAAUAUUUUCAGGUUGGAACAGUUGUCGAUAACCCCAUAGACUUCUAUCAUUCUCGAAUCCCAAAGAAGGAAAGGAAGAGAACAAUUGUUGAAGAGCUUCUUGCAGAUGCAGAGUUUAGAAGGUACAACAAAAAGAAAUACCAAGAGAUCAUCGCAGAAAAGACAGCUCAGGCGGAAGGGAAAAAGAAACGCAAAAAGAAGAAAUUCAGAAAUUGAUCACGUUUGCUGAUUUUAUGAAAGCGCUAACUCUGCUUUUCAACUAAAUAAAUAACCAGGAAAACAAAGCUUUGUACGACUGUGAAUCAAAAUCUAAUUAUCAGAACAAUUCUUACAUGCCUGCAUCUAUUUUUUCUCGUUUUGUAAGACUGCAUUUAUCUCUACUUCAUUUCAGCUUUAAGGAAUAAGUUCUGCUUUAAGUUCUAGGUUGAUCAAUAUAAAAAGGCAUAAGAUUAAAACUACCUAGUCCAUAUUCAAA